AAUGAAACGUUUCUCAUGUUGUUUUAAUCUUCGCACGAUCGGUUUCAGUAUAGCCUCCUUAGAUAUACUCGUUUCACUGACCAUAUUGGGUCUAUGCAGUUAUUAUCUGUACACAGACUAUUUCAAUUUGACCAAUUGGGGUAUCUCCUCGCAUGAUAAUGUCAAAAUUGUGGAUCCAUUGAGUAAUUUGAUGUCAUCUGUUGUCAAUUAUGUUCUGCUGCAUAAUUUCCCAGAUGCUUUCUAUGUUGUUAUGGCCAUUGUUUUAUGGAUAAAAUCAUUGAUAAACUUUAUACUGGCUAUUUUAUUGAUUGAUGGUAUUAGAAAGAAGCGUACCAUUUGCAUUGCCCCUUGGCUAAUAAAUACCGUUAUAUCGAUAGUGGUUGAAAUAACCACUUACAUAUUAAUGGAAAUUAAAUUCAAUGAAGUUGAUGCGGCCACAGAUAAACGUAUUGUUCGUAGCAUAAUAUUUGGUAUAUUUAUAAUGUUCAAUGUCCUGUUUACAUUUGCCAUUUAUUGGCUGUGUAAAUUCUUAAAGAUACAACAACAAGAGAAUCAAGUUUUGCAAGAAAGUAUUGUGGAUGCCACUGGAAUGUUUCAACAUGUUAAAGUUUAAAUUUUAAUACUAAUAAU